CAGGAGACACGGACCGAGCAGAGCGCAAGGCAGACGCACAAUACAAGGAGGAGAGGAAGCACCUAUCCGCGUCCACCGCUGAGAUCUAGAUUUCCACCCCUCACUCUUUCUGUUUUGGCGUAUUGGUGCACUUUUCAACCUUUUUACCCCAGUUUGGCAGGACAGGCGAGAGAGAGAGAGAGAAAAAAAAUGCUCCUUUUGUUUUGAGCGAUCUGAACGCACACGCUGACAGAGAGAGGGAGAGAGAGAGAGGGAGAGACGCGUUGGAUCUGCUGCCCUCAGGCGGCUUGUCUGUGCGCCUUUUCUCGCAUCUUUGCAUUAAAUCCCCCCCUGCCUCCCUCCACAUAUCGCCUCGCAGUGAUGUGCGGUAACACAGUGGCGGGCUGGUAGCAUCUUGGGAGCCUUGUCUCAACAGGAACCCGCACUGAAGAAGACACACCAGGAUGGUUACUCAUUGUUCCUAACCAGCUCCAGCUCGACAAAAGGCCCCGUGUAACCUCACGCUCUCCCCCCCGAACACUGACAAGCACUCCCCAGCCAUGUCUAACAUAAACAAUGCGCUUUGCAUCGAAAACGGACAGAAUGCAGACGUGUCGCUCCUGCAGAAGGAUAAUCUCCAGGAUGGUGGAUUAAGUCAGCUCUUGGAUUAUAAUGCAGAAAUGGAAAGGUACAGGUCUUUUGCGAACUUUUACAAAACCAACGGCGCUUUUCCGCAGACUGCAAAAAUUGCCCGCAUCACGACGCCCAUUUUUCCCAGCGCCAGAAUUGGUAUGUCCCCUUGGAACUGUGAUAACGCCAUGCUCUGGGGAAGGAAAUCAGCGGCAAUAAACCCUAAUAGGACCAGCAUGCAUAGAAAUGACUCCCAGAGGCCGGGGAAGCCUGGCGUGCCGCCAGAGACGCUGCAAAUGGCAAAUAAUAAUUUCCUCUCUACCUUAUCCCCUGAACACUGCAGACCUUUAGCAGGAGAAUGCAUGAACAAGCUGAAAUGCGGCGCUGCUGAAGCAGAGAUAAUGAAUCUCCCAGAACGCGUUGGAACUUUUUCCGCUAUUCCGGCUUUAGGGGGCAUCUCAUUACCUCCCGGGGUCAUCGUCAUGACAGCCCUUCACUCCCCCGCAGCCUCAGCAGCCGUUACAGACAGUGCGUUUCAAAUUGCCAAUCUGGCAGACUGCCCACAGAAUAAUUCCUCAGCAUCCAGUGGAAACCCAGCGAAGAAGAAAAGGAAAAGGUGUGGGGUGUGUGCACCCUGCAGGCGGCUAAUCAACUGCGGUGUUUGCAGCAGUUGUCGAAACCGCAAAACAGGCCACCAGAUCUGCAAAUUUAGGAAAUGCGAGGAGUUGAAGAAGAAGCCGGGCUCGUCGCUGGAGAGGACGCCGGUCAACAACGGUGAAGCCUUCCGGUGGUUCUUUUAGAGAAGCAUGCCGUGGACCUCCAACCAGUAGCAGUAAGACAGGCGGGACUCUUGACUCGCUGCCAGGAGCACGUCAUGAUGGACACACGGCACGCAGCGCGGCCCAAACCUUUUUUCCCAGAGGACCCAAGGAGACGACAAAGUGGACAGACACAAAGAUAAACAAAAACAUAACGGUGUUGUUUUAACUCUGUAAUUUCCUUUUUUUUUUUUCUCCUCCUGUGUAAUUAUUGUACCUUUUGACGGUAUCAUUAUGUAUAUUUUGGUGUCUAUGAAUGUGUUUUCAGUGUCGUGGCUGUAGGUUUUUACAGCCAGCCCUG